AUGCAGGGCAAUGCGCUCAAAGGAUCAGGGAUAUGGUAUGGACGUGUUGGGCCAGAGAAUGUCGAAGGUGUCGUUGAGGAAACGCUGGUUGGAGGACGUGUCAUCACUGAGUUGCUGAGAGGCGGCGUGAUGCAGGGUGGGGGAAAUAUUGGAAGGAUUGUUGAGGCGCAGUUGAAGAGGGAGAGUGGGGAGGAGGGGCAUGAGGGGUUGAGGCUUAAGGCGAGGGCGAGGGGGUAA